CAUUACUUAAGUGCUUUUGACUCGCUCUUUUUUCGUCGAUUCGGAAAACACACUGAGUCACUGAACACCAACAUCGUUUCUCUUCGCCCAUCGCGAAUCUCAACACCAUGGCUCCCGGUUCUCAGGCACCCGCAGAUGUUCCAGCCGGCAGAUCCGGCGGAAAAAUCUUGAAAGCGAGGAGAAUUGCUGCUAGGAAGACCCCAUACGACCGCCCAAAUCCGCCUCAGUCUGAGCCUCCACUUCUGCAAUCAGAAAGCCCUAGUUGGCUCGGUGGACUUGUUUUUCCGGCUAAGUUUGUUGCUGGUGGUGCUAGUAAAAUUUUAUCUUCGUUUUGGAACCCCAAGACUUGGGCCGCGGCUUCCUCCUCCUCUUCUUCGGACAGUGAUUCCGAAUCAGAAGAUGAUUCUGGAGAUGAUGAAAACCCUUCUGAUGGAGCAGCAGAGUUGAAUCAGAAUCAGCAGAAGGACAGUUCAUCUCAGAAGGGUGAAAUUUUGCAUUUAGUUGAGCAGCUACUUAUGAUUGAACGAUAUUCAAGGGAAGAAUGUGAUAAAUUAAUAGAGAUUAUCAAUUCACGAGUUGUAGAUUAUGCAGGACCAAGCAUGAUUCAUAGCAAGAGUAACAAUGAGACCCAAGCUAUCAUAGAAGCAAGAAAGUGGGUUGCAGAGAGUAAAGUUAGAUCUGGUAAAAAGUCAGAUUUGGACAAUGGACUUUAUGCUCUUAAGUAUAUUAUGACACCACAGGCUACUGAAGAAGAAGGGUCGCCAGUUGAAGUGGCAAAAUCAUAUAUGAGAACUCGUCCAGCAUGGGCAUCUCCUUUAAGACGUGAUAAUUCAUUAAGUCCAUCUCCAAUAACAGAUUUGUUCAAGGAAAGAACACCCUAUUCUUCUGAUGCUGGAAUUUCUUUCCCAUCAACAAAGAGGGAUUAUCUUUCUGGUGGAUCAUGGAACAUUGAGGAUGAAAUACGCAAAGUGAGAUCAAAGGCAAGUGAAGAUUUGCUAAACAGCCAUCGUUCUUCCAUGAAACAUCAUCUACAACAUUCCUUGGAUAAUGACAAGUCGAAUGAAAUUGUGGACCUUACUGCUGAAGGCAAUAAGAAAGAAAUGAGGGGUGUUAGUGAAGGGAAUGGAAUGGAGAAUGAAGAGGGGAAUGGAGUGGAGAAGGAAGAAGGGAAUGAUGAGGUGGAAAAGAAUUGUUUUUUAUCGACAGAAUCAGUGGAAGUACCAGUUAAUAAUUCUCAGGACAGCUUUAAUGGUGAAGACGAAAGUUUGGUUGCAAAAGAAAAGGCAGAUGGAAUGGCUGAAAACCGAAUGACUAGAGGUAGAGGUAGAGGAAGAGGGAGAGGAAGAGGAAGAGCCAAGUGACUCAAUCUGAAUGUAGUCAGGUCAGUUGAUUUGUGUUGAUUUAUUUGUAAGGUAGAGUAGAUAUAGACUCUUUUGUUGUUAAGCUCCUGUAUUUAUCUAUUAUGUCAUUGUUAUCACUUAUCAGUUAUGUAUAACUGACUUGACUAAUUUAGUGUUUCACAGACUGUCUGACCAUUUGUAAUUUAAAACAAAUCGUAUUGUAGCCUUGUAGGCGUACUAGCUGAUUUCAUGUAUUGUAACUUUUUUAUUUUUU